UAUAUUUGAACUACAAUUAGUCUAUUAAAUCAUAUUCACAGAGUUACUUCACGAUGUCUUCUGAUCUUUGUCCAGUUUAUGCCCCAUUCUUUGGUUCUAUAGGUUGUGCUUCCGCCAUCAUCUUUACAUGUUUUGGUGCUGCUUACGGUACUGCUAAAUCAGGUGUUGGUAUCUGUGCCACCUCUGUUUUAAGACCAGAUCUUUUAGUUAAAAACAUUGUCCCAGUUAUUAUGGCUGGUAUUAUUGCUAUUUAUGGUUUAGUUGUUUCUGUUUUAGUUUCAGAUUCUUUAAAACAAACACAAGCUUUAUACACUGGUUUCAUCCAAUUAGGUGCUGGUUUAUCUGUUGGUUUAUCAGGUUUAGCUGCCGGUUUCGCCAUUGGUAUUGUUGGUGAUGCUGGUGUUCGUGGUACUGCUCAACAACCAAGAUUAUUUGUUGGUAUGAUUUUGAUUUUAAUUUUUGCUGAAGUUUUAGGUCUUUAUGGGUUGAUUGUUGCCUUAUUAUUGAACUCUCGUGCCAACCAAGAUGUUGUUUGUUAAUUGAACUUCAUUAAUUAGAAUGAGAUUAAUCAAAAAUUCAUCAUCUCUACCCACCUUCACACCUAUCCAAAAAAUAUCUUCAUAUUAUAGAAAAAGUGGAAACAAUAAAAAUUUGAUCACCUGGUUGACC